GUGUCGGUGCAGUCGGUUUUCGAGUUGCACGCAAACUCGCACCAGCCGAUCCGCCAUUCGUACCGUUGCGCCAACUGUGCAGUUAACUCGCCAUUCAGUUUACGAUCGAGUUUAAGGAAAGGAAGUAAGAGACUUGACAAGUUUCGAGAAAUAUUCCAUCGACGACAUAACGUACGAAUCGAAUUAUUCAAUUUUUACAACAAUUCAGGGCUCGCAAAAUUGAAAUCCAAAUAUUCCAAAUAUCUGGAUCGACGAGUUUCAUAAUUUUUCUCAACCCUCUAUCGUCCAUGUACCAAGUCGAUUUUAAAAGUAAACGCAAUGCUCUCCGACGCCCGUUACGAAGGUAAAUAACGGAAUGGGAAAAUUGUUGCGCGUGAGAAUCCAUUUCUUCCUCGUUAAAACCGCACGCAUCCGUGUCGCACGCGACGUAUUUCCUAUAUACGCGUUGCAUUACGUCAACCGACCCAAUUUGGAAAAUGCUCCAACACGGGCAACGCUCGUGUUAGGCGACGCCUAAUAAGGUAUGAAGAGGCGUACUCCGGACACCGCGUAGAACACGGAGGCGCAUAGCUGUGUGCACACGGUUGCACACUGUUCCCUUCCACCUAGCCUCCCCACCCUAGCGUCGUCGCCGUCUUCACCGCCGUCGUGAAUAGCACACAUGCAUAUUCAGACUGGCCGACUAGUCGCCGAGUAAAUUAGACUAUUUGGCCCGCUCCAUUAUUGAAGGAAACCUGCGGAACGAAGCUGCUGCAGCUUGUAAUACGCCACCGCAACUUCGCGACUCCAUGACGUUCACCAACUCCCAUCGGAUGCGAGAGAAACGCGAGAUCGGAGAGAGAGAGAGAGAGAUGAGAGGUGAGAGAGGAAGCGCGCGUAUAAGAGAAGGAAAGUGAUGCAAGAGUCGAAGAAUGGAAAGCUUGGAAUUAUGUUCCAGCGUGAAGCAAUUAUUCACCACGAGAGGGCUAGUAUAAUCGACUCUGUGUAAACGGAAGUUACAGUGCUGCCAUUGCAAAGUCUUUUGAGGUUGUUUUCGUGGCAUGCAUGCUUUUCUAACGGUAUACCACGAUGCAGAUAUUUGUGAAAACUUUGACGGGUAAAACUAUCACUCUUGAAGUAGAAGCAUCAGAUACUAUAGAAAAUGUGAAAGCUAAAAUUCAGGAUAAAGAAGGAAUACCACCUGAUCAGCAACGUCUUAUUUUUGCUGGAAAGCAAUUAGAAGAUGGACGUACUUUAUCGGACUAUAAUAUUCAAAAAGAAUCCACCUUACAUCUUGUUCUUCGACUUCGCGGUGGUGUAAUUGAACCUACUUUACGUAUUCUUGCACAGAAAUAUAAUUGUGAUAAAAUGAUUUGUAGAAAAUGUUAUGCACGCCUUCAUCCACGUGCAACGAAUUGUCGUAAAAAGAAAUGUGGGCAUACAAACAAUAUUCGACCAAAGAAGAAACUGAAGUAAACUAUAUACUUCUACUUACUAAUUUCUACUUACUCAUUUUACAAAUGUAUCUCUUCUCUAAAAGAUGGUUUUAAUAAAACGUACAUAAGAAUGUGAUUAAA